AAAAGACGUUGAUAAUAAAGCUUCACGCUGAUGAUGACCAUUGUUCUUCUUCAGCCUCGCUUCGCCUUCACUCACUUUCUCCUUCUCGCCAUGAAAAUCUCUUGAAGAAUAUUGAUAUUGGAGGCUUGAUUAUCAUCCAUAUCUUUCUUAGACUUCGAAAAUGGUUUCUCUGGAGGAUUCUCACUCCAACUCCAAUCGUUUCCCUUUAACCCGAAGCUAUUACUCUACUACCACUUCCGCCAACAAUUCUUCAUCCAGAAUCCAGCGGCACACUGGAAGGUCUAUGCGAACUAUACGCUCGAAUUUCUUCCAGGAUGACCAUAGCUGCUCCUUCACUACGGCCACCGAGAAAUCUACUUGCCUGUCGGAAACCAUGACCGAUUCGGUCAUCGAUCUCAGGCUUGGCGAGCUCGCAUCGAAGAACGACAAAUCUGCGAAAUCUUCUGCUACGGAGGAGGAGUUGCUUGAUCUUUCUCAAGCUUUCAGUGAUUUCUCGGCUUGUAGCAGUGAUAUUUCCGGGGAGCUGCAGAGGCUGGCGAGUUUGCCGUCGCCGGAGAAUGUGCUGAAGGGUGGUGCUAGUGGCGAAGCAGACAAGGCGCCGGAGCCGGAGCCGUGCCUGGGGUUCCUGCAGAGAGAGAAUUUCUCUACCGAGAUUAUUGAGAGUAUUUCGCCGGAGGAUCUUCAGCCGACGGUAAAGAUCUGUAUCGAUGGGCUACAGUCACAGUCGGUUGCUGUGAAGCGAUCUGCUGCUGCUAAGCUCAGGCUGCUGGCGAAGAAUCGGGCGGAUAAUAGAGCUCUUAUCGGCGAGUCUGGUGCGGUUCCCGCUUUGGUUCCCCUGCUUCGUUGCAGUGAUCCGUGGACGCAGGAACACGCCGUGACGGCCUUGCUGAAUCUCUCGCUGCACGAGGAUAACAAGAUGCUGAUUACCAAUGCAGGAGCUAUUAAGUCACUGAUUUAUGUGCUCAAAACCGGAACAGAGACGUCGAAGCAGAACGCGGCAUGUGCGCUUCUGAGCCUUGCUUUGGUUGAAGAAAACAAGAGUUCCAUUGGGGCUAGUGGGGCAAUACCACCGCUUGUUUCCUUGCUAUUGAGUGGUUCCAGCAGGGGAAAGAAGGACGCUCUGACGACGAUGUAUAAGCUCUGCUCUAUAAAGCCAAACAAGGAGAGGGCGGUCAGCGCCGGAGCAGUGAAGCCUCUUGUGGAGAUGGUGGCAGAGCAAGGAACGGGUAUGGCUGAGAAGGCAAUGGUUAUACUUAGUAGCUUGGCCGCUAUUCCGGAAGGGAAGGAAGCAAUUGUUGAAGAAGGAGGAAUAGCUGCUCUUGUUGAGGCGAUUGAAGAUGGCUCUGUGAAGGGAAAGGAAUUUGCUGUUUUGACACUUCUACAGCUAUGUGCUGACAGUGUGAGGAAUAGAGGGUUGCUUGUGAGGGAGGGCGGAAUACCCCCUCUGGUUGCUCUUUCUCAGACCGGAAGUGUUAAAGCUAAGCACAAGGCAGAAACGCUUCUUGGAUAUCUGAGAGAAUCAAGACAAGAAGCAUCCACUUCAAGUCCUUAGAGAAUUAGUUACUGCCUAGGAAGGUAAUUAUACCAUGUAAUUGUUUUUUUUUUGUAUAUAUAGUGGUUCUUAUUAUUUGUACAGGGUAGCGAAAUUAGAUGUGUGUUGAAGCUAGAGGAAGUUGGCGGGCAGUAGACUGACCCUUAGAUGUGUGGAUUUAGCUAGGUUUUGGUAUUUUGCUUUCCCCUAUUCAAUUCGUUAUGUUCUCGCGAUUUCCAUGGUUGUCUCUGGGUUUGGGUUGAUUCGAUGAGAUUUGGGUAACUUUCUUAUAUAAUGUUUGAUGACCCUAGUUUUGUGUAAAAGGGUUACUGAUUGUAUGUCUUAUUGUUGCCGAAGUGAAGGUGGUUUUUGUACUCCACGGGAUAUGUAUGUGUGGCAGUCCAUAAUUUUUUGCUUGGACGAAAUGGAACUUUAAUUUCGUAUCUGUGAUACUUCCCAA